GGCUUUAUAGUGUUUGAUUCAUGAUGAUAGUUUUAAAAAAAAUUCAAAAAUGCUAUUGUCAUAUAUUCGAAACUAACUUUGAUGAAUUACAUUGAAUAGAUUGGUUGAUGAUGUACAACUUAACAACAAAUUCACCAAAACAUUAGAUAUUGCUCUAUAUAAAUAAAAUUCCCCACAUAUUUUAAUAUAGUAUGGAUAUAGUAGACAGAGUACUGAUCUUCUUGUGAUUUAUGUCUUCAACAGGGAAUACCUCUUAUUCUACAUCAUUGUACAAAGAGACAUCAAAUCUUGAUUUCAAUCAAGGUGUUGAACCACGAUCAGAACAGCAAGAUAUUGAAUCAAAUUUAAGUCCAUAUACUUGUAAAACGUCUGAUAAAACCGCAACAUCUGAAUCAUAUAAUCAAGAAUUAUCUCAAAUAUCAAAUGAACACAAUUUGAAUUAUGAUGAUGUCUUAACUUUACAUGUUCCACAAUUAAACGAAAAUUUAUGGCAUAAAAAACAAUCCUACAAUUUAAUCAAAUAUGAUAAAUGUCACUGUUUUGACUUCAUAACACGUAAAAUACGUUUAAACACUUCACAUAAAGCUCAAGAAGGUGUAAUGAAGAAACAAUCUAAAUCCUUAACUAACCGUAUUCAUAAUGGCAAUCAUUUAAAUUCAUUUUAUGAAAAUGAAGUCGAUAUAAUGAUGACAUCUGAUGAUAUGAAAAACGUAAAACAAACUAAAAUCCCACAAGAAACUAAUGAUACACCAAAUGACUCUGAGGUUGUAGGGAAAAGUAUGCGUUGGACAACAACUUUUUUAGCAGCGUUAAGUAUAUUUUUAAUUUUAAUCACGUUUCCAUUUUCACUUGUCUAUUGUAUACGUAUUGUCGCUGAAUAUGAACGAGCUGUUGUUUUAAGAAUGGGUAAUUUAAUACCAAAAGGUAAAGGUACAAAAGGGCCGGGAUUAUUUUUUAUUUUACCAUGUAUUGAUAGUGUACGAAAAGUGGAUUUACGUACAGUGACAUUUGCAAUCCCACCACAAGAAUUAUUAACACGUGAUUCAGUAACUGUUUCAGUGGAUGCAGUUGUAUAUUAUCGUGUAUUAAAUCCUGUUGCAUCUGUGUUAAAUAUUGAAGAUGCUGCACGCUCUACUAGACUAUUAGCACAGACAACUAUAAGGAAUGUUUUAGGAACUAAAGAUUUGGCACAAAUUCUUAUGGACAGAGAAGAAAUAUCUACAGCUAUGCAGUCUAGCUUAGAUGCGACAACAGAUGCUUGGGGAGUUAAAGUUGAAAGAAUUGAAAUCAAGGAUGUCCGCCUUCCUAUCCAACUACAACGUGCAAUGGCAGCGGAAGCUGAAGCUGCUCGUGAAGCUCGUGCUAAAGUAAUUGCUGCUAAAGGAGAACAAGAAGCAGCUAGAUCAUUAAAAGAGGCUGCAAAAGUUAUUUCUACUUCACCGAUGGCAUUCCAACUACGAUAUUUACAAACAUUAUGUGCAAUAUCAGCUGAAAAGAAAUCAACUAUAUUCUUCCCGGUACCAAUAGAUAUUAUGCAAAAUAUAGGUAAUAUUUCCGGGUCAACAUUUGAUCAAUUAUUAAAUAAAAAUAAUCAAAAAUUACAAACAAAAUUAUCAAUCGAUAAAAUUUCAAAUUCUAAAGAAAUUGAAAUAAAAUCAAGCGAUUGUUUUGAUUCAAUAACUAAUCAAAAAAAUUGUAUCUGUAAUCAAAAUCUAUCAAAAGUCGAUAAACUAACAAAUACAUUAAAUUCUGUAAAUUUUAUUGCUGAACAACCAUGGCCACAAUCAAAUAAUAUAAAUCGAGAAAUUCAAGAAACUAAUUGGAUAUAUGAAAGUGGUGAUACACAUAGUGAUACAGUAUAAAAAAUAAUUGAUAAUAUGUUUGUAAUGUUCUAAUGUUUAUAGAGAAUAUAAUGAAUUAUUUCUUAAUUAUAUGAAGGAAAGAAACUACAUAAUUGAAAUUACAUUUUGUUAUUACAUAUUUAUUUUAACAGGUAAUAAAGAUCUUAAUAUGUACUUGAAAUUUUAUUUAAACGAUUUCAUAUAAUCGCACUUUAGAAAUUCUAUUCCAUGUUAAACUCAUAAACUGCAGGAUAUACAUAUAUACAUAUUAUUUCUAAAUAUUGUUAUUUCCUUCAUAAAAAAAAGAAAAGAAAAAUGGUUGUCUAGAUGAUAUUAUUGUGAAUAAAGUUGAUUAUAUAUAAAUAAAUAAAUAAAUGUAAAUGAAUAUCAAUAUGUCACUUCAUGUUUUGUUACAAUUAGUAUCUAAGGUUAUUAUUCUUUUUUUAAGGUUUAAGGUUUUGAUUAAUCAUGAUUAGUAAACGGAAUACACCCAUUAAGAGAUUAAAUAAGAAAGAUUAGUUCAACGAAGAAUUCUCUUUUCGGCAACUUCAUUUUCAAAGCUGUACAAUUGCAAAGAUAUAUAUUUAUUUUUACAGGAUGAUAAUAAUGCUGAUGAUAAGCUUCUUUUGGAUAUGAUGAUAGUGAGUUAAAAUAAACAAAGGUAUUAAAAAAUUUUUGGACAAGGAAAACUUAAUAGGUAACUUAAUAAGUAGAAGUCUUUCAAAGACAAUUCGAUUGCAUCUUCUUUGAAUUGCCGAAGCAAUAGAAAUAUAUCUGGAAAACAGAGAAUGGUACAAUCUCUUCUUGUACCAUGAUAUUAAUGUCUUAUAAAUUUUUUUGGCUUUUUUCUUUCUUCAUACUCCUCUUCCUUUACAGCCAUCUGCUUCAACUUCCAUCUUCCCCUUAAAUCUUCUACACACAACUGGUUUAUUUCGGUAUCUACGAUCCUCCCGCUUACGUUUAGUCUCGAUUUCAACGUUUUAUCUUAUCAUGCUGAGCCAUCCUUUCCGAAUGAUAUUUUCUCUUUCUAUCUUUAGAUGGAUACUUAAACCAUUAGCAAUCAAACGAUUAUUAGGUUUUCCUUGUUUAAAAUUUUUUUAAUACCUUUGUUUAUUUUACCUCACUGUAGCGAUGUCUAACAGAAGUUUAUUAUCAGUAUUAUUAUUAUCCUGUAAAAUGUCUUUUUAAAACAAGGAAAGUUUAAUAAUCGUGUGAUUGUUAAUGGUUUAAGUAUUCAUCAAAAGAUAGAAAGAGAAAAUAUCAUUCGGAAAGGAUGGCUCAGCAUGAUAAGAUAAUAUGUUGAAAUUGAGAUUAAAUGCUAUCAGGAUGACCGUGGAAACAAAAAUAAACCGGUUGUGUGCAAAUGAUUUAAGGGGAAGAUGGAAGUUGAAGCAGAUGGCUGUAAAGGAAGAAGAGUGUGAAGAAAGAAAAAAAGAAAAAAAAUUUAUAAGACAUUAAUAUCAUGGUAGAAAAAGAGGUUGUACCAGUCUCUUUUGCACACACAGUUCUAGUUUUACCAGAUAUAUGGCUAUUGGUUUAGCAAUGCAAUGAAGAUGCAGUCUAAUUGUCUUUGGAAGACUUCUACUUAACAUGUACAUGACUUUUAACGCAGAGUCUGUGUUGAUUGAGUGACCUGUGUUCACAAGAUGUUCGAUUAUUGAACUUCUUAUUGAGCCGCUUCCUCCUCUUUUUAGCUAUGCCGGAUAAUGUUCUUGAAUUCUGUUGGAUAAAGUACGCAUCGAACGACUUAUAUACAUAGCUCCACAUGAGCAGGUAAAUUGUCAGAAAAAAUUUUUAAUACAUUUGUUUAUUUUACCUCACUGUCGCGAUGUCUAACAGAAGUUUAUUAUCAGUAUUAUUAUCAUCCUGUAAAAUAAGUUUAUACAUUUGCGGUUGUACAGCUUUGAAAAUCAAGUCGCCUAAGAGAGAACUUUUUGCUGAACUAAUCUUUAAAUUAAAAUGUAACGUAGAUUCGAUAUGAAAAGUUCCUGUGUAUUUUAAGUUAUUACUAGAAUUCAACUAUAACGUAAUGAAACAAAAUGUGGUUUUCUUCUCUUUUUUUCUUCCAGUUAUCCGUUGCUAAACUCGUUAUUUAUUUAUGUCAACUAUUAAAUUUGUGUCAGAAGAGGUUUUGUGAAGACUGUAGUAAUUGAAGCUAGACCAACAUGGAAAACCUGGAAGCACUGGACGGCGGUUUCGCCCUAUUGUGAAACUCCUCAGUAGUGUGCAUCGAAAAUGUAAUUCUUUUCUCUUCUUUUUCUCCAAGUUAUUCGUUGCGAUUGUACAGCAUUGAGAAUGAAUUCUCCGAAAACAGAACUCUUCGUUGAACUAAUUUUUUUUAUUUAAUCAUGAUUAAACUAGAUAUUGAAUUGUAGAUAAGUUGCAGGUGAAAUUUAAUAGUGGAUAAACAUUGCUGGUACACAAAACUUUGAUAAAUAGUUAUGUUGGUCAGUUAUGUCAAACAAGUAUCAUUUAUAUAUCAUAUAUUUAUAUGAGCUACACAAAUCCUAGGGUUCCUAUAGCAGAAGUAGGUGACAUAUAGUUUUAUUAACAUUUUCUUUCUUAAAAGGCGGAAAAUAACUUUAUAGACUUUGUGUCCCAACCAUGUGUUGUUUGAAUUCAUUCAUAGUUAUGCUUUAAACUUGAAUUGUUUUUUUAUACAUCGGUAUAGAAUAAUUAUUAGAAAAAAACUGAAUAAGUUAAGAAAGUACAAACAUUAUAAACAAUCUGUCAUAAACCUUGACGUUUACCAUCAUCACAGUGAGAGUAAAAAUCUAGUAAAUACGACUUUUAUGUUAGCUUUGAAUGAAGAUUCAAAUAGCUCUCUAAUCUUGUUGAGCAUCUGGAUGUCGGUAUUGACAAGUUUGUUAGAUAUCGUUUCCAACUCCUUACAAAAUGUAGUGAUCCUUUGAGUUAUAAUAGCAAAAGUUAGUGAGCAAACCUACAGGACUGUCAAACACGCAAAAAUAUUCUGUUAGGUAUUUCCAAGUUUAACUAUUGGAUAAAUUUUAGUCUCACACAUAUGGACACCGGUAAAUCACUCUCGCAAACAUAUACUUCAUCUUGGAAUCUUCAUUUAUCCACUGGAUCGACUAUGAGCCCUCUUUUUCUCGAUGAUAUGACAUAGGGAACAUUAUCCUCAUUAAUGAAACUCCAAUCAUUUAUUAAACAGACAAACUACUAUUAAUUACAUACGAAACAUCUUUUAUUCCACGUACUUUGUAGCUGAAUCUAAGUAAAUGUUUCUUUCAUACAGGCAGAUAUUCGUUUUUUCAACAAAAUGUUUGACUUUGCUAAACAGUAUUUGCCACUGUCAGACGGUUUUCUUGAGAUUUCCCCUCAAGACGUUAGAUUAUUCCAUUGUUGAAUGUGUCGAACUGAGGGUUUCCAUUAGACCAACUGGGCCGAAUUUAGUAGUAACACUUAUUUCCUACAACGUACCUCAUGUUUUUUUGACAAUAUGAAUAUGAAUUAUUUCAGUUGAAAAACGAUAAUCGGGAAUCGUCGUAUAUAAUUCAAUCUAACGUCUGUACAAAAUUCAGCUGGAUUUACGUUUUUUAUAGAAAACAUUUAUUUGAAAAUGUUCAACAAACACUUUAUAAAUUAGAAAGAUUCAGCCCAUUAGUGAAGUAAAGAUAAAAUUAGGAACAACAUUUGGCAUCCAGACUUCUGAAUAUACGGUGCGAGCACGUGACUUAAUCAUAUGUCAAGCAUCAGUUUAGUGAAUCCAAUGUUUAAAAAGAAUCUUAAUUAUUUUAGAGGUUUUGCAUGAAGUUUAAAAAUAAGUUCGUUGAAGUAAUGCCAAUCAGAAGAAUGGUUGUGGACUAGUUCUUAU